AUGAAUGGCACACUUACAUGGAAGUUGAAAUAUGGUCCUUUUUUAUAUGAUUCACGGAAGAUUCGUGAAGACAUCCAGCAAGCAUUCGAUGAUUGGACUCGUGAUACUCAGUUAAGUUUUCGUGAAGUGACUGAAAAUGAAAAGGCUGAUUUUAAUAUAGCUUUUGUAUCUGGUGAUCGCUCAGAUGGAUUUCGAUUUAAUGGACCGGGUCGACAAGUAUCUCGCAGUUUUCGUCCUGAGAGUCGCUACGCGGGAUAUAUUCAUUUUUAUUCAAGUGAAAAAUGGUCUCACAAUGUAACAACAAUUUAUAUUUUUCUUCAUCUUAAUUCAGAAAAUUUAAGCAUAUUUUAG